AAUUUUAGACAUGGCCGGGCCGGGCUGGACCAGCCAUAAAUUUAAACGCGGACGGGCACCAGGGCAGAACUUCCGGUGGGCUCGCAGCCCUCGGGACACGUGGGCACGGAUAUUUUCACCUCAAUCGGAUAUAUGCACGCUGCCUCUUCUCCUUGCCUUGGGUGAGAACCAAAGCGAACGAGAAGAAAAGAAGGGAGAGAGAGGAGAAGACCGCGACCCCGUCCAUCGACCUCCAAGAAUCAUGGCCACGACCGCCAUGGCUUAUGCAAGAAUCGGGGUUCUGGUCCGGGCCUCGUGGGACACCAAUCCCAGCCCCAAGCCCCUCCACAUCCCCAAACCCCCCAAGCCCGCUCGCCUCCCUACACCUCCGACCAUGACGGCGCCGCCUGCGACGGCGAGGACUGCUGUCCUCGAAAGGGACGAGAAGCUGCCCUCUUCCCCCCUCCUCAUCUCCCGCCGCGACCGCCCCCAGAUAGAUAAAUCGGAUGAACAAUAUCUGGGUUACGAGAGAUGGUGGUUGCCGGUUGCGCCUAAAGUGAACAAACCCCGAUCCAUAUAUAAUGCUGCUUCUUUGGCAUACUUGGGAGAUUGCAUCUAUGAG